AUGGACCGCGCAUCCUGCUCCUCGAACGCGCUGCACGCCGCCUUCAAAGACGGCGCUGCGGACGCAACAGUGCUUGCGCUGAUCGAGUCGCAGCCUGAGCUUCUGAUCCAGGCGGACGACUCGUGGGAGCGCUGGCUGCCUCUGCACCACGCUGCCCGCUGGGGCGCGGCGGUGGCGGUGGUGGAGGCUGCCGUCGCGGCGUGCCCCGAGGCGGCCAAGGUGGCCUCGCGUGGCGGCUACGAGCCGCUCCACCUAGCUGCCAUGGGUGGACAGCUUGGCGUGUGUCGGGCGCUGCUGGCGGUCUAUCCAGAGGGCGCCUUCAAGAAGGACUCGCACGGGCGCACGCCGCUCGUGGAGGCGAGGGAGGGCGGCCACGUCGAGAUCGAGGAGCUCAUCCUCUCGCUGCCUGGCGCACGAGAGGCGGACUCGGCGGAGGCGGCGGGAGGCUCCUGA